AUGCCAUCUGCUAGUACCUCCGCUUCAUCGCCUGGCAAGGCGGUGGCGGUGCCACAGCUCGGCGGCCAGCUGCGCUCGUCAAAGCACGUGCUGGAACGACUGACAAGCAGUCACUUGGACCACCUCGUUACCUCGCGUCGAAGCGGGGAUACCGUGUUGCGGGAGUCCCUCGCCGCGCUGUACUCGCUGGCGACGAAGCUGCACUCACCUGCGCUGCGCUUCGCCUCGAACACCAUCGAGACGCGUAAGGAGCGACACAUCACCACGGAGCAGGUAUGGGGUCAGCUGAACAUGCUGAUGCGGCCGGUGCUCCGCCAGCUGGAGAAUAACGUCCGCCGCGCACAGAUGCUCUACGCUGGUAGCGGCAAGGGCACUUCAGCGAAGGCGGCGCCUCAACAAUCCCGCAAGGCCGAGGCACCAUCAGGCAAAUGCAAUGAUGGUGGCCGUCGCGCACGCAAGCCCGGCGGCGACGCCGCGGAGAAGGACAUCCUCUCUACCCGCACCUCGGAGCUAGACGAGAGUGACUUGAAUGAGGAGAUUGAGGCUCUGCUGGCGAAGCAGGCGGCUAAGCGCAAGUCGCGGAAGGAGGCGAAGAAGGGUGGCGGCGGUGGCGACGAUGCAUGGCGCUACGCCUUCGGCACGGACAACGCCGGCGAGGAGGACGAUGAGGAGGACGACUGGGACGGCGAGGACUCUGACCACGGCAGGUCGCGCCGCCGUCGCCGCGAGGAGGCGGAAGAAGAGGACGAGCGGGAUGGGGAGCCGCCAGACCGGCGCGCGCGGGAUCGCAACCUGCGAGCCAUGGCGGACGGCGAGGAUGGUGCGGAGUCCGAGGAGGAGCUGGCCGCGCUCCGUGAGCUCUACGGCGACGACUUCGAGAAUGACGGGCGCGGCUUUGGGGAGGAGGAGGACGACGAGGACCCGGAUAUGGAGGAGGACAUCGAACUCGACGAUCCGGCCAACGAUGCAGCCGGUGAAGCGUACAAUGAGCAGGACGGGACGUACUUUGGCAAGGGCGACAUCCUCAACGACGAGGCGGGCGACUUCGAAGAGGAGCACGGGGGCUGCGGCGGUCGUGCCGGGCACAUUGGCGGUGAGGAUGACGACGGCACCGGUGCUGCACUGCAGGGCGAGGGGGAGGAGAUGGAUGAGGAGCUGCUCGCCGCCCUAGAGGACCCAAGCCUGUCUGAGCUGCAGAAGGAGCGCCUGCGCGAGCAGCACAUGGUGCGCAAGAUGGAGGAGAAGCGGCUCUUUGCCACCGACUGGAGCAUGGUGGGCGAGACGGCCGCCAGCAAGCGCCCGCGCGACGCGCUGCUGGAGGUGGACAACCUGGAGUUUGAGUACGGCAUGAAGGCGGUCCCAGUCAUAACCGAAGCGUUCACCGCCAAGCUGGAGGACCGCAUCAAGCAGCGCAUCCAGGACGAGAAUUAUGACGAUGUGAAGCGCAAGACGACCUUGUCAACGGAGGCUGACAUUGCCCACCCGAAGUAUGACGCUGCCCUCGACGCUCAGAAGUCGAAGAUGUCACUGAUGGACCUCUACGAAAAGGAUUUUCUGGAGAGGCAGCGACUUGCGGAGGAGGCGGCCGGCGGCCCUGACGCCCCCAAAGCGGAGCCGCUCACGGAGAUCGAGAAAGAUGAGCUGCGGGCGAUUCAGAUGUGGCAGCGGCUGGCUCAGCACCUCGAUGCCCUGAGUAACUUUCACUACACCCCGAAGCCGGUGCAGCAAGACCUCGAUGCGCGCGUGCGCGCGGUGGAGAACCAGGCACCGGCGGUGGUGAUCGAGAAUGUGGGCAACUUCGCCACAACGCGCGAGAACGCGCUAGCCCCGCAAGACCUUUACCGCGGCUCUUCGCACCGCUUCGCCGAUGUCGGCACCGAUGAGCUGACGCCGAAGGAGCGCCACGCCCUGCGUCGCUCCAAGAAGGAGGCGGGAAAGAAGGACAGGGAGCGCAAGGAGGCCCGUGACAAACAGCGCGCUGAUGUGCGCAAGCGAAAGCAGCAGUCAACUGAGCAGGCGACUGGAAUGAAGUAG